CUGCCUCAAGAGGAGGGUGGGGGAACAGGUGGCUACAGCUGAUGGGAGCUCCUGGUGUUGACAGAGAUGGAGCCUGGACGAGGAGGCCCUUCUGUGCUGCCCCUCCGGGCCGGGCCUAGGCGGCAGCAGCCUGCGCUAUGGCCCACCCUGGCCGCUCUGGCCCUGCUGAGCAGCGUCGCCGAGGGUGAGGCCUCCCUGGGCCCCGCGCCCCGCAGCCCGGUCCCCCGCGAAGGCCCCACGCCCGCCCCGGCGUCCCCCGCGGGCCCCCUGCCCGGGGGCCGCGCGGCCCGUCUAUGCGGCGGAAGAGCCCGGCGCCCGUCGCCCCCGCCGCCCCGGCCCGCGCCCCCGCCGCCAGCGCCCUCGCCCUCGCCCGCACCCCCUCGCGGGGCCCGCGCGGCGCGGGCGGGGGGCCGGGCCGGCAGAAAGAGCCGGGGAAGCCGCGCGCGGGCCGCGGGGGCGCGGGGUUGCCGCCUGCGCUCGCAGCUCGUGCCGGUGCGCGCGCUCGGCCUGGGCCACCGCUCCGACGAGCUGGUGCGCUUCCGCUUCUGCAGCGGCUCCUGCCGCCGCGCGCGCUCCCCGCACGACCUCAGCCUGGCCAACCUGCUGCACGCCGGGGCCCUGAGGCCGCCCCCGGGCUCGCGGCCCGUCAGCCAGCCCUGCUGCCGACCCACGAGCUACGAGGCCGUUUCGUUCAUGGACGUCAACAGCACCUGGAGAACCGUGGACCGCCUCUCGGCCACUGCCUGCGGCUGUCUGGGCUGAGGGCUCGCUCCGAGGGCGUGCGGACAGACCCUGACCAGUGGAUCUAACUGCCUGGGAUCACUGGAGCUCGGCCGGAGAUGGAGGCUUCGGCCGUGUGAGUGAUGGACAUCAGCCCUGCGGAGAUGGAGGCACGACUGACCGGCGGCCCCAGGGCUCCCACCCUGCCGGCCUCAAGCCCGCAGACACCAGAGACCUCAGCUGUGGAGAGCCGAGGGCCCACUGCUCACAGACUCUGUCACUGCCCGGGACAGGAACCCAGGACUCCUCGAGAGAACCCAGCAGUGUGAGGUCUCAACCUAAGCCCGGGCCUGGGGGGACAGAUUUGGAGACGUGUUGUAAUUCGUUGCCGAAGUGCCUGUGCUGGAGCGGGCCUUGGACUCUCUGGUGGGAGCUGGACCCCUAUUUAUUACUUCUAAGUUAUUUAUUUA